CCUCUCAUCCCUUACCAACAAAACACAUCUAAUAGAAUUCUAAGCUUCCAAGCAAACAUAAUGAAAGCUGCCAAUUUCCUUCUAGCUCUUGCUUUCUUGGCUUUGGCUUCUUCAUUCGCCAUUGCCUACGACCCUAAGCCUCUCCAGGACUUUUGUGUGGCAACUGAUCAAGCUAGCUCCGGUGCAUUCGUGAACGGAAAAUUCUGCAAGGAUCCAGACCAUGUCACAGCAGAUGAUUUCUUCUAUUCUGGGCUUCAUGUUGCUAGAGAAACCUCAAGACAACUUGGGGCACGUACCAAUCUUUUAACUGUGGAUUCGAUACCUGGCCUUAACACCAAUGGCUUAUCAAUUGUUCGUAUCGACUAUGAAGCAAACGGCGGACUGAACCCACCCCACCAUCACCCACGAGCUUCAGAGAUCUUAACUGUUUUGGAAGGAACCUUGUUUGCUGGUUUUAUUACAUCAAAUCCUGAUCAUCGUGUUUUUUCCAAAGUUCUAAAGGCAGGAGAUGUUUUUGUGUUCCCAUUAGGGCUGAUUCACUUUCAGUUGAAUAUUGGAAAGGAACCAGCGGUUGCACUAGCUGCAUUAAACAGUCAAAAUCCAGGAGUUGUAACAGCUGCAAAUACUGUUUUUGGAGCUAGCCCAUCCAUUAAUCCUGAUGUUCUAACAAGGGCAUUUCAUCUUGACAAGGAUCUUGUCACCAAACUUCAGAAACAAGAGUGGGUGAAUCCAUCAGAUCUCAACAGCUAUUCUUGAAUAUAUUGAAGCAAACUAAGGUCACCACAUUAGGUCAUUUGGCCAUUAAUUGUAAUAAAUGAAUAAGGAAAAUUUUUCAUAUUGUUUGUGUUUAUCUUUCAAUGUAUUGAUAUAUAAUAUUAAGGUUUGAUCCAAAUGUAUAACAUUAAAAUGAUAAGAUGUUUAUUACCUUUUGUUUUC